AUGCUAGCAUUGACCGACAUCAUCGAAUCCGGUAUCCCGGAACACCGUCACCAGCUGCCAGAAUCGCUCAGAGACUACUUUCAGUACCGUGAAGGUCUAUCUACAGUCGAUGGCGUCAUCCUAUACAAAGACCGUAUUGUCAUACCAACAUCACUGAGAGACGAAGUACUUGAGGCUUUGCACGCAGCUCAUCAAGGUGUCACCUCCAUGGUUGCUAGGGCAGAGACAUCAGUAUUUUGGCCAGGAAUCACACCUGCAAUUACGGCUCUUCGUACCAGUUGCCAACAAUGCAACCGUAGUGCACCAUCAAAUCCUAGCGCACCACCAGUACCUCCAUUAAGUCCAGAGUAUCCAUUCCAGUGCUUAUGUGCUGACUAUUUCAGCUACCAAGGGCAUCAUUUCCUUGUUGUAGUGGACCGUUAUUCCAACUGGCCAAUUGUAGAGCAGUCAGCUAACGGAGCCCAAGGACUGAUCACAUGUCUUAGACGUAUAUUUGUGACAUAUGGAAUACCUGAUGAACUUGCCUCUGAUGGUGGCCCUGAAUUCACUGCUGUAGCCACACGUCAAUUCCUGAGUGAUUGGGGUGUACACCAUCGCCUAUCCUCCGUAGCCUUCCCACACAGCAACUGUAGGGCCGAAAUUGGUGUAAAGACAGUGAAGCGUCUCCUUAUGGAUAACACAACUUCCACUGGUGACAUAAACACAGAUGCCUUCCAGCGUGCCAUGCUUCAGUACAGAAACACACCAGACAGGGAUACCAAACUCUCUCCAGCCAUGUGCAUAUUUGGCCGCCCCAUUCGAGACUUCAUACCAAUUCCACCUGGAAAGUAUAAACCUCAUGAAACUUGGUUAAGCACAUCACUGGCCCGUGAAGAAGCCUUGCGAAACAGGCACAUGCGGUGUGCAGAAAAACUGUCAGAGCACACUCAGAGAUUACCACCUCUAGCUGUGGGAGACAAUGUUCGCCUGCAAAACCAGAUUGGACUCUAUCCUCGCAAGUGGGACAAGACUGGCGUGGUAAUUGAAGUUCGCCAAUUUGACCAGUAUGUGGUACGACUUGAUGGCUCAAGACGGGUAACCCUUCGCAAUAGGAAGUUCCUACGAAAGUAUGUCCCCGUUCAACUACAACCACGACGGCUGUCCAUUGAUAGUGACCUAGCACUCAGGCUACCUGCAGCAACAACUGAAAAUCCCACAGGACACUCCAUCACACCAGCAGUGACCCCAACACAUGCAACCAGAUCUACGCCGGCUGCAACCAACACCGGGAUCCCAACUCACUCUGCUCCUCACCCUACUGCGUCACCCAGUAAGGUAACGCCAAGCAGCAGUGAGACACCCAGCCGAGGUAACCUGCAGCAGAGUCGUCGUCAGCUAGCCUAUACUGAGCCUCCGAGUCCUGACAGUCGACCAGUAGACGUUUCCGUGGACACAGGACCAAGUCGUGAGACACCAAACUGCACAACCCCGCCAACGGACCUGUUGUGCCUUCCAGUCAGACGAUCAGGAAGAACUAGAACUGCCCCAGAGUGGCAGAAAGACUAUGUCAUGUGA